CUUGGUGGGAAAGAAACGGCCAACGGGUGGCGUCGGGUCUUACGGUUGUCGAGAUGACGGGUCUGCUUCACCGCGCGCUAUCUUCUCCGGUGGAAUGUUCAGUCGAGCCGCCUGUGGGGGUAUUUAAUGGCACAGCUGAUGCCCGGAGGGAUUAAAGGGAGGUAACUAAACUAGAUGAGCCAGAUAGUUAGCCUAUAAUGUCAACACAUGAUCUGAAGUUGCAGCAGUCAAGUUGUCAAAGCGGAGUGAAAGCCAGCGUGACGUGCUUUGUCCCAAAUCAGGAGAGAUUGUACACACAAACUGACAAAUCACGUUUUCAGAAUGUAAGUGAACAUGAGAAGUUACAUCCUGGACCAUUGGCUCAACACAUCCACAACAAGAAAGAUUUAGAAACUAGAACUACUGCAUCUUCACCAUCGUUGCAGUUAACAGGCCAGCAGAAAAGCAGCAGAGAUUUGCAGAUCAGGCAAAUAAUACUUCUCAGAUCUAAGGAAGACUCCAGUAGGACAUCUGAGGAACAGAGGAAAUCUGCCAGAUUUACUUCCACCAUCUCUAUCAGUCUUCCCAAUAGAAGAAACAAAAAAGACACAGCGGAGGAAAAAACACUGCAAACUACAAAUAGCCCUUACAGCACACAUGAAGCCAUAAAAAACACAGCUAAUCAAAACCACACAGAGCUAAGGGACGUGCUUUCACCAACUGAGCAAUGUGGCGAAUCAACUGGUGAAUUAUUUAAGAAUAGGGAUGGGCCAAAAGCAAGCUUUGAUGAAGACAGUUUUACCACUCUGCAUCAACAUGGACAUAACACACCAAAGCAGGGACAAAAUACAGGAAUACAACACAACAUAGGCCUUCAUGAACAAACGCAAAUUGUCCACAACGGCUCACAAAGACAUUCUACUCAACCUGUUUGUGAGGUUCAAACAGAAUUCAACAAGGAAUCUGGAGCCAAUGACUGUAGAAAGAAUGCUGCAACAACUCCACAGUACCACAGUAAUCUGACCUCCUUUGAAGUGGACAAUGGUCUAAAAGCAAGCACUGAUUCCCAGUUUUUUGCACACUAUUCAGAAGUAGUAAAUCGGGUCUUGCCAUUAGACUCUUUUCCUGAUCUUCAUUCUGAUAGUACCCCUGAGCCAGAACCUGGUCUUAUCAAUCCUACAUCAGCUAUGUUGACAUCGGCCCUGGCCUCAGUUCUUCCUCUACCUUGGAGUGGCCGUCUUCGAAGACCCAAGCAAGGCAGCAGCGAAGUACAGCAUGAGCCCCAAGAUUGUGGACAGAAUGUCAACCCAUCUACCUUAUUUUGCCAGGAUCAGCAGCAACAACCGUUUCUUCCUUCCCAGAGGCGACCAUCUGAACACAUGUUGGCCAAUGACAAUGACAUGCAGUUGACUGCAGGAACCAGCUAUAACUCUCCUGACUGGCAAAAAGAGAACAAUUCCCCGAACAUCACAACCACAAUACAGCCGAAGAGACCCAUUAUUAAAUCCUCCUCUGUGGGCAUGAUGUACAAUAAUACAGAUUUGCAUUCUUUUCCCACACCUCUGGACACUCGUCAGGUACCAAAUUUGGCCCAUUCAGAGUACAGAAUAUCAAAAACUGGAGAUGAACAUGAGCCUUUCAAAUCAUUGAGCUCUAAGCCAACAACAAGCAGUCUACUUCUUUCCUUGAGGAGGUCAAAUUUGAGAAGCUCCAGUGCUGAGCCCACACAAUCACAGACUCAGAUGACUAGGUCUGUCAGGUCCCUUACAUUGCCUAGCAGAGUUGUUUUGAAAACUCCAUCAUUUGCCCAUUCUGUUACCGCUGAUAACCAAACCCCCGUAUAUCCAGACACUCCUGCAAGAACAGAGGAAAUAGCAGUCAGUCAGUUCCCUUUCUCACAUAGAAUUAAGAGUAGAGUGCCAUUAAGAAAAUCACUGUUUCUAAACAAACCAGAGACAGAAAUUUCAAAGAGACUAGAAGCUUCUGUUGCCAGAGUAGAGGAGGAACGUUUCCCAAUCUCCACAACCAAAACCGGCCAACUUGGAAUUCUCAGAGCUCAACAGAGUUCUUAUUCAGUGUUUUUGAGGAAAUAUUCCAGUACAGAGGACAUAGAUCCAGCGGAACAAAAUGCUGCCAACAACACCAACCUGCAAAACUCCAAUAUGACCAGACAAAAAGUAAUUCCAGAUACCACAAUUUCUCCCAAAGUUUUAACAAACAAUGUUCAACAAUCUGGCUUUAAUGUUCAAAAAUUAAAAUCACAAAGUACACACAAUAUAAUAGCCAGUAGUUCUUCAGGUACAAGCACCUUCACAGACAGGCUUAACUACUCACCCAGGAAAGACUCUUCUGUAGAUGGAACAAGUCCCACAAAUGUGGGGCAGAUAUAUCUGGACUCUAAGAAAUAUUCUCAGUCAAAUCAAAGCACUAUGGAUCUUUCGAGCCCUCUUUCUCCAAGCAGACCUCUCAGAAGUGUAAGAGUACCAAGCAUUUAUUCAUACCUACGGGAGUCCAGCCCGGCUGUGUCCACCCCUUCCCCUUCUACCCCUUCUUCCCACAUACAGAGAGGUGAAACAUCGCCUCCUAAGCAAGAUGGAGGUGUAACACUGCAGGGUGACCGGAAAACACUACCUUCAAGAUUUUCAUUUGACUUCAACCCAUUUGUGCCACAGGUACAAGCAUUACAAAGAAACUCUUAUAGCUCCAGCUCUAAUAUAGUACCAGCUCAAUCUCUGCCUCCUGAUUUUGGACGAAGAUCAGCACCUCGUCUCAGCACUUCUCCAUAUUCUAGCCUCAUCUCCUCAAGACCUACACUCAACAACACUUUACAAGAACUAUCCUCUCCACCUGUGUCCAAAACUCAUACCCGAUCUACAUCUUAUGAUAUUGUAACCACUCCUGCAGACUUCAUAAAAGGUGAUCCAAGCUCUUCACUGUCCACAUACACAGGCAUAAUAAGAAGACCAAAGGAACAGUUAGCUUCUCCUAACAGAAAACAGAGGACAGCAGUUCAAGAUUAUACAAGCGCCCUAGAUAAUCACAAACCUGCCCAGCCAUGCCUCUUACAAGCUGCACCAGAUACAAGUUUUGUCAUGGAACGCCAAAGCGCAAAUAUAAGCCCACACCCAAGGCAGCCAGACACAGGCUCUAACAACUUCUGCCAUCAGGAGCAUGAUGGCUUGAUGGAACUUCAGCUUGAUAAGGGUAAUGCUUACCCCGAGCACAGGCUGAGUGAGAAAGAUAAGUAUUUAAUACCUGAUAAGCUCACAGUAGAAAACGAGACUCCACUGACAGCUGAGAAAGAGAUUCCUUCUGUGCAUAUGCAUGAGAGAUUACAGGAAAUGCAAAGUUCCAAUUCAAAAAAAGGCCUCUUUAGUUCACGAGUUAAGAAAGACAAAGAAGCUGUCUUUUCUUCAGCUUCAUUGCCAGACAAAGAGGUUGUUAGUCCCCAGUAUUUAAAAACCAAAAGACAUUCGCCAGUGUUUAAAACGAGCAGCAGGAUUGACCAGAUGUUAAAUCGCUUGAAACUGACAUUUGGUGUCAAACGUUCAGACAGCUCACUUGACGCACUACCGAAAAAGAACAAGAGUCCCACUCAGCAACCCUCAGAUACUGAGACUUUUGAAAGUCCCAAGACAGAGGAGAAAACAUGUUCUGAGAGCCACCCGGAACCUUCUAAAUACUCUUUAACAACUGAUAAAACCUCUUUAAAUUCCUUGUCACUACUAACAUUCAAAAAAUCUGAGAAUACAUUAAAUAAGGAUGAACAAAGUAAGUCUACGGCUGAAAUAAAUUAUUCUGGGUGCAAACGGGAGGCCCCCAACUCAUUCUUGACCACCAAUAAAUCAUCUUUUGCCUUGUUGCCACGUACAUUAAAGAUAUCUGAGAAAAACUUAAAUAUGGAUUGGCAAAAUAGAUCUACAACUGAACAAAAGGGUUCUGGGUGCACAUGGGAGGCCCCCAGCUCAUCUUUGACCACUGAUAAAGCCUCUUUUGCAUCUUUGUCGCCACUUACAUUAAAGAAAUCUGGGAAUACUCUAAAUAUGAAUUGGCAAAACAGAUCUACAACUGAACAAAAGGGUUCUGGGUGCACGUGGGAAGCCCCCAACUCAUCUUUUACCACCGAUAAAGCAUAUUUUGCCUCUUUUGGGUCUUUGUCACCACUUACAUUAAAUAAAUCUGAGAAUUCUUUAAAUAUGGACUGGCAAAACAGAUCUACAACUGAACAAAAGGGUACUGGGUGCACAUGGGAGGCCCCCAACUCAUCAUUGACCACUGAUAAAGCACCUUUUGCUUCUUUUGAGUCCUUGUCACCAUUAACAUUAAAGAAAUCAUCUGAGAAUAAAUUAAAUGUUGAUCAGCAAAAGAGGCAUAGCGAUGAAAAUGGAAACCACUCUUAUGGUAGGAGCUUUAGUCCACAUAGGCUAAAGGCCCAAAGUAUGAAUCGUUCUGCCACCUUGCCACAUUACAGAAAAUCCUCUGUCGGUCCCCCAUCACCCUUUUAUUUGUUUGAUUUUGAUUCAGAAGAAAUUCAGAAUGACAAUGUGUUUUAUAGUCCAGUGAGCAAAAAAACUAAUUCACUGUGUGAGUCUGAUUACUUCUCUUCUCUGAACUCCAAGAGUCCCGUGCAGCAAAACCUUGUGAGGUCUCACUUGUCCUCGUCAUGUGCUGAUUUAAAGUAUGGUCUACACAAUGGACGAUCUUUCUCAGUGAGCAGUGUGGUUUCAAGCCGCCCAUCAGGUCCUGGACGAAUCUCAACAAGCAGCAUCAGCGACCUCUCAAGUUUGGAUGACUUUGUGCCGAAGGGGGAUUAUACAGUAGUUGACUCUCCAAUGAGUAGUAGCCUUUCUCCAAUCUGUGAUGCCAAAUCUAUCACUGGUAAACAGUCUGAACCUGGAUAUACAGAUGAUCUUGAUCUUGAUCAUUAUGAUGCAGACCCAACCCCACCUCCAUCACCAACUAUGUCCUCUUCACCUCGUCGGAUAUCCCAGGCACCUUCUGUGUCUUCCCUCAUGUGGACAACUCCAGAAAAUCUGUCUCCUACUCGUGGAAUCCUGUCAUCAAGGAGCUACACAACCAGCUUGACUGUUUUUGAGGAGUCUGAUUCUGACACCACAACCGAUGAUGAAUACGAUCUUGACAAUUGUGAUGAUGCUGUAGAAACAGAACUUUAGAGGAGGUAAUUAUGUGUUGUUCAAUUCCAUCAUAUUGAAUAUGUGGUUACAUAUACGCUUAGGGUCUUCUACGAAAUUAGAAACAAUCUAAAUUGUAAUAACAAACAACUAGGAAUCCAGAUUGGAUAUGAAUAGAAGGAAUUAUAAUAUAUCAGAACUAUAAGACCAUGUUGAUUUCAUAUUUUUUGUUAUAAAUUAAAUAUAAUGGGCUUUUUGAAUACUUUAGUGUUUGAGGAUAACAAUUUUUGAUUUCAUUAUGAAUUCAUAUACAAUACAGUACAAUGCACUGUUUCAUUAGGUUUUUUAAGUAUAUUUUCUGGAUCUUAAGGCUUUGAAAUGGUGAAUUCUCACAUCAUUCCUUUUAUUGAGACCUGCUUCCUGUAGGUUAUUGACUGUUUCAUUCACUGUGGCAUUUGAAAGCACAGCAUGUCAGUUACAAUACAUUAUUUUCCUGACAGACAUUCUAUAGUCAGUAGCUGUAAACUAAGAAACUGAACCCCAACUGUUUAACAGAGGUGUUUGAAUUUUUUCAACUCAUACUGCUCCAUUAACCGUCAGAAAAAAAAAACAGAAAAAUUUAAUAUCGGUGCCCCUGUAACACUGAUGAUUCCACAUUAAUUAUGGUUAAGUCUGUAAAGAAGAUGAUGUUACAGAAGUCUGCUAUCCAUUUGAUAUUAUUGUUAAAAGUAUGAAAGUGUUAUUGAAAACUGGCUGAUCCUGGCAUAUGCGACAUCUGCAACUUGUUAAUUUGAGGUUCAAACACGGCCUCUCACAAUCUAUGCAAAAGACAUACCACUAGAUGAACUAAGCAUUCUUAAA